AUGCUUAUGACUCUCAUUGUAGUGCGCCGCGUCACUGGUGGGGCCUUGUCGUCCCACGUGACAGUAUGUAUGAUUGCGAAUGCCGUUGAAGUCGACCCUGGGACUAGUAUUCGCAGAAUAAGCCGUGAACAAAACUUGUCCUAUAAUUUAGUUCAGAAUGUGCUUAAGAGAAAUCAUCUUUACGCAUACCACUACUGGAAAGUGCAAGCUCUGAAACCAGAGGAUUAUCCUUUGAGAGUGCGUUUCUGCGAAAUCAUGUUGGACCGAAUAACAGAAGAUGAUACAUUUCUCGGACGAAUUCUUUUCCCCGAUGAGUCGACUUUUGGUAGAGAUGAUACCUUUAACGUCCAUAACGUCCAUCAAUACGGCGUCGUAAAUCCUCAUCUCGUCGUGCAAAAUAAACACCAAACGAGGUUCAUGACCAACAAUUGGAUUGGACCAAUAGACUUUCCGGUGAGGUUGAGAGGUCGACGUUAUCGUCGAUUUCUUGACGAUGAACUUCCAAAACAUCUUCAAAGAAAUUUCAUUGAAGAAAAUGAAGUAAUUUUUCAGCACGAUGGAGCUACCCCUCACACGGCACAUGCAACUACGAAACUUCUAAAUCGUCGGUAUCCUCAACGUUGGAUAGGUGUUCCACGCCGAAAUGGACAUGUUCCAUUUAUUUCUUGGCCAGCUCGGAGCCCAGACCUGAAUCCACUUGACUUCUUUUACUGGGGAGCUAUCAAGGGAAAAAUCUACAUCUCAGAAUUAAGUAGUGAGCAAGAUCUAGAAAAUAAAAUAACGCAAGCCGCUGCGACUAUAACAGAGGAAAUGUUAUAUUAUGUCCGGGAAAAUUUUGUAAAACGACUCAGAAAAUGUAUCGAGCAAGAAGGAGGCCACUUUGAGCAGUUAAUGUGA